ACGUGCGACUGCAACGUUUGUCUAGUGAACGGCGCGGAAAGUCGCGCGAGGUAGUCGCGCUUUAGUCAGUUAUCCAGAAAGUGCUUCGAUGUCGAAGAGAACUAUCUGUCUCUCUUACGUUAUCGCUACUUCGUAUAGGUACCUAAUUGCAAAUCAGGAAUGCGGAAGUAAGUGAAGAAGCACGCGGAUCGGUGAUUAUGGAUCACGUUUUUUGUAUCAAAAUGCAUCGAUGGAACGAACAUGACUGGAUUAUUAUUUGUUAUACUGAUCUUGACUCGUGCGGUCGCGGGAUUGCGGCUACCCACGGCCAAUGAAAAACGAGUGAAAAGACUGAUACGUGAUUGGGCGCCCUUAGUAUGGCUCGCGCCAGGAGAACGAUUCUUACCCCUUGGUGUAACCGAUUUUCUUGAUAACGUACAGUCGGAUCAAUAUUAUCUUCGUACUAGACUAGACAUAGAAUCCUUAUUGAAGAAUCAAUCGUCUUUUUUAUAUGGUCGAAAACCCGCUGGAACUGUGCCCGUCUACGCUCUUGUGAAAAACUGCAUUUCCAGAGACGCGUGGCUACGCAUAACAAAAGCUAAGCGGACGUCAAAAAGCGAACAAAAUACUUUAACGCUACCGGAUUCUGGGCUCUUGUCUCAACGACAAUCUAACGAUGUCAAUGAUCUAAGAACACAUAUUUUACUGCAAGAACAAAUGCGACAGAUAAAAACAGAGUCGCGAUUCGAAAAAGUCAGAGAGAAGAAUGAACGUCAAAAAGUGCACUUUCACGUGACCUAUUGGAUGUUCUACCCAUUUAGCGAGGGAAAGAUGAUCUGUGUACUAGAUCUUGGAUUUUUCGGUAGCUGGCCGAUACCUACCAUGGGUGGAGUGUGCAUAGGUACGCUCAAAGAAUACGGCAGUCACAUAGGAGAUUGGGAACAUAUGAGUCUUUAUUUUAAGGAUACCGAAUAUCCUCUGGCGAUGUAUGUAUCGGCCCAUGACACUGGUGCAUUUUAUCGAUAUGAUCCACGAAAUGGCACUUUUGUCUACCAAAGUCAAGAGACAAGAAAGAGUCUCUUCCAGAAGCCGACAUUUCCUGAAAAAGUUUACACCGCCAAUGGCUCGCAUCCGAUUUUAUUCAGUGCGCGCGGCUCUCAUGGGCUCUGGACAGCUCCGGGGAAGCACAAAUUCGUUCGUGUACCGCGUCUGUACGAUGAAAGUGGAUUUGGGACUGCCUGGCCGACGUGGAAAAAAUUGGAAUUGCUUUUGGAAGAGGACAACGAGCCUUUACCAGGCUGGAUGACUUUUAAAGGCAAAUGGGGUAAUCCCAGUAGUAAAUGUCAUCCAUUAGCGAAAUUAGGUUUUAAUAUUUGUGAAUUUGUAGACGGCCCAACCGGAAUCCCUAUGAAAAAAUUCAAUUUUCGAUGUUAAAUUUUGCUGUCAUUGAAGACACAUAAUGAAUAAGAACUGACCAUUUAUGUUGGUUCUAUAAACGCGAAUACGAUAAUGUAUGUAUGUAAAUGAUAAAUUGGUGAAACUUUGACGAGGAUGCCAAAUGUUAUUCAUAAGACAAUUUUAUCGAUUUGCUUUAUUCGAAUAAUUAAUCUUUAUUUAUUUAUUUAUUUUUUUUACGAAUACAUAAUU